CACCUCCUCCACCAUUGCCACCACCAAUACAGGGAUAUGCCUUUAAACCCCCUCCUCGACCAGAUUUUGGCACUUCUGGGAGAACAAUCAAACUGCAGGCCAACUUCUUUGAAAUGGACAUUCCUAAAAUAGAUAUCUACCAUUACGAAUUGGAUAUAAAGCCAGAAAAAUGCCCUAGAAGAGUUAACAGAGAAAUAGUGGAGCAUAUGGUUCAGCACUUUAAAACCCAGAUUUUUGGGGAUCGCAAACCGGUGUUUGAUGGAAGAAAAAACCUUUAUACAGCUAUGCCACUUCCCAUUGGGAGAGAUAAAGUGGAGCUGGAGGUCACGCUGCCAGGAGAAGGAAAGGACAGAAUAUUUAAGGUGGCUAUAAAGUGGAUGUCCUGUGUGAGUUUGCAGGCUUUACAUGAUGCUCUUUCUGGUCGGCUGCCAAGUGUCCCGUUUGAAACCAUCCAGGCACUGGAUGUAGUGAUGAGACACUUGCCUUCCAUGAGAUAUACUCCUGUGGGGAGAUCUUUUUUUACAGCCUCAGAAGGGUGCUCAAAUCCAUUGGGUGGUGGCAGAGAAGUUUGGUUUGGCUUCCAUCAAUCAGUCAGACCUUCAUUAUGGAAAAUGAUGUUAAAUAUUGAUGUGUCUGCAACCGCGUUUUACAAAGCACAGCCAGUUAUUGAGUUUGUAUGUGAAGUUUUGGACUUCAAAAGUAUUGAAGAACAACAAAAACCUCUGACAGAUUCCCAAAGGGUAAAGUUUACCAAAGAAAUUAAAGGUCUAAAGGUGGAGAUAACACACUGUGGACAAAUGAAAAGAAAGUACAGAGUGUGUAAUGUCACCAGACGACCAGCAAGUCACCAAACAUUCCCACAAAAUGGACAAACAGUUGAAUGCACUGUAGCUCAGUACUUUAAGGACAGGCACAAAUUAGUUUUACGUUAUCCUCACCUUCCAUGUUUACAAGUUGGACAGGAGCAGAAACACACUUACCUUCCUCUUGAGGUGUGCAACAUAGUGGCAGGACAGAGAUGUAUAAAGAAACUCACUGACAAUCAAACUUCCACUAUGAUUCGAGCAACUGCCAGAUCAGCACCGGAUCGUCAGGAGGAGAUUAGCAAGUUGGUGAGUAUGCGGAGCGCGAGUUUUAAUACCGACCCUUACGUCCGUGAAUUUGGAAUAAUGGUCAAGGAUGAAAUGACAGAUGUGACUGGGAGAGUCCUGCAGCCUCCUUCCAUCCUCUAUGGGGGCAGGAAUAAAGCAAUUGCAACACCAGUUCAAGGAGUCUGGGAUAUGAGGAAUAAACAGUUUCACACUGGAAUUGAAAUAAAGGUUUGGGCAAUCGCGUGCUUCGCUCCCCAGCGCCAGUGCACUGAGGUUCAUCUGAAGUCCUUUACAGAACAACUGAGAAAGAUUUCCAGGGAUGCAGGAAUCCAAAUCCAGGGGCAGCCGUGCUUCUGUAAAUACGCGCAGGGAGCUGACAGUGUGGAGCCCAUGUUCAGACAUCUCAAGAACACUUACACUGGGCUGCAGCUUGUUGUAGUCAUUUUGCCAGGAAAAACACCAGUCUAUGCUGAGGUGAAACGUGUUGGUGACACCGUGCUGGGCAUGGCCACACAGUGUGUGCAGAUGAAAAAUGUCCAAAGAACAACACCCCAGACUCUGUCUAACCUUUGCUUGAAAAUAAAUGUCAAAUUAGGAGGCGUAAAUAACAUUUUGCUGCCACAGGGAAGACCCCCAGUGUUUCAGCAGCCUGUGAUAUUCCUUGGUGCAGAUGUAACCCAUCCACCAGCUGGAGAUGGAAAAAAGCCUUCCAUUGCUGCAGUUGUGGGAAGCAUGGAUGCUCAUCCUAAUCGAUACUGUGCUACCGUUCGGGUCCAGCAGCACCGCCAGGAGAUCAUCCAAGAUUUGGCUGCCAUGGUCAGGGAGUUGCUGAUUCAGUUCUACAAAUCAACCAGAUUUAAGCCAACUCGUAUCAUCUUCUACAGAGAUGGUGUUUCUGAGGGGCAGUUUCAACAGGUUCUCCAUCAUGAGUUGCUGGCUAUCAGAGAAGCAUGCAUUAAGCUAGAGAAGGAUUACCAGCCUGGAAUUACAUUUAUAGUUGUGCAGAAGAGGCAUCACACCAGGCUCUUCUGUACAGAUAAAAAUGAACGGGUUGGAAAAAGUGGAAACAUUCCAGCUGGCACCACAGUGGACACAAAAAUCACCCAUCCAUCUGAGUUUGACUUUUACCUGUGUAGUCAUGCUGGUAUUCAGGGAACAAGCCGACCUUCUCAUUACCACGUCCUCUGGGAUGACAAUCGUUUCUCCUCAGAUGAGCUGCAGAUUCUCACCUACCAGCUGUGCCACACCUACGUGCGCUGCACCCGCUCCGUCUCCAUCCCCGCACCAGCGUAUUACGCCCACCUGGUUGCCUUCAGAGCCAGGUACCACCUGGUGGAUAAAGAACAUGAUAGUGCUGAAGGAAGCCACACUUCUGGUCAGAGUAAUGGCAGAGAUCACCAAGCACUUGCUAAAGCAGUUCAAGUUCAUCAGGACACCUUGCGCACUAUGUACUUUGCUUGACAUGUUUUAAUGUUUAGCAACUCAGUUCAACACAGAGUUGGAUUCACAGGAGACCAGCUGCACUUAGACCAACUGUUGCCCAAGCUCCAGUGGCAGCCAACAAUGAGUGAUGCAUCUUUACAUGAUUUUUUCUUUCCCAGUUGCAUCAAGGCCUUCCGUCCAGAAUUUCAGACUUGAUUAUGAACUUGCAUUCUUGUACCAAACCCCACUAUUGUUGGAAAUGUGGUUUGCCAAAAAAAUCUCUAAGCUGCUUGGUAUAAAAUAGACC